AUGGCUGCUGGCUUCCCUCAGUUGUUAAACACGUUUUUCAAAAUUAUUAAAUGUCUCUCAGUUUGCGAAACGGAGGGUCUGCUCCCUCGAACCCACCUAGGUGGUCGAAGGGGCAUAUCCACCUAUCAUGCGAUCCAUAUCAUCAUCGACCGCAUCAAAACUGCAUGGGGAAAAGGCAAACCCAUAGUGUCCCUGCUGAUGCUAGAUGUCUCCGGGGCCUACGACAAUGUCUCUCAUGCUCGCCUACUCCAUAACCUCAAGAAACGACGUCUGGGGCACCUCGUCCCCUGGGUUAGGGCUUUUUUGUCCAAACGCAGCACGAGAAUCCGCAUGCCUGAAGGCAUGUCCGAUACAAUUCCAACGCCCACAGGGAUCCCGCAGGGUUCGCCGAUAUCACCAAUUCUCUAUCGGAUCUACAAUGCAGACCUCAUUGAGAACUGUGGCUCAGGUGUCAUUAGCAGUGGCUGGGUCGACGAUGUCUGCUUUAUGGCCAAAGGGGACAGCGAACACGAGACCCUCAAGAAGCUCAAGGCCGCAUGUCACAAAGCCGACCAGUGGGCUGAGAAACAUGCAUCAGUCUUCGACCCCAAAAAGUACGCUCUCAUACAUUUUGUGAACACCAAAGAGGUUGACCCACAAUAUCUUCCACUGCGUCUACGAGAACACACGGUACCAGCCACAGAGACGGCCGAACGAUAUCUGGGUUACUGGUUAGAUCCGAACCUGGAAUUUCAUCAUCACCACGAGAAAGCCGUGGCGAAAGCCAGCGUCUCCCUUAGAGCACUACGAAGCUUGGCAGGCUCGACGUGGGGAGCCUCGCUGUAUGCCAUGCGCAGAAUUUAUCAAGGGGUAAUCAUACCACAGAUGCUCUUUGGCGUCUCCGUAUGGUAUCAGCCUAUGCACGUUAGCAAAUCUAAGGCCCAAUCAAUCUGUCGGCCUUUUGCGGCCAUCCAAAAACAAGCUGCUUGUCUUAUUAGUGGAGCUUUCAGAACCACAGCGGCGGAGGCACUGAACGCGGAGCUUCACCUACCACCCAUCUCGAUCCACGUGAACCGAUUGGUCAAAGAAAUAGCCCUCCGUCUGCGAACGGGACCUGAGCUCGGCAUACCGCCAACUAUGGUGCGACGCCGACCGGCACACGAAAGAGCAUGGACUGGAUGGACACCAAUGGAGGCGCAAGCCUGGAAAAUGGGCGGAUGCCUCACGGCUCUCCCGGACACUUUGGCGAUUAACUGGGAGAGUCGAAAGGCAUUCGUCCUGGCACCAUGGCAAGCGCCGCCGGAGGUGAUCAUCCAAGACAGAGAAGCAGCAGUAGCAUUUCAUGAACAGAUGGUGGUGAAGGCACCAAGAGAGCGGCCCCUAAUACUCUACACCGACGGAAGUGGAAUCGAAGGAAGAGUGGGAGCAGCGGCGGUGAUCGACCUCGAAGACCAUGUCGCCCACAGUCAGAUGGGCGACGAUAACACAACGACCGUGUACGCCGCGGAACUACACGCCAUCGAGAUAGCGCUGGAGUCAGUUAUCAAUAGUACGGAACCCUGGGUUGCACAAGCAAAGAAUGGUCUGGUCAUAUUUGCGGACAGCCAAGCUGCGCUGAAAGCGCUCCGCCGACCUCGCAUGCCUUCAGGUCAAGUGUACCUGAUAGGAUGUCUGGACCUCAUCCGCCGGCUGGCAGAGAGAGGAAUUAAAACCGAACUCAGGUGGAUCCCAGCCCACCAAGGAGUACUGGGCAACGAGAUCGUAGACCAGCACGCAAAAGAAGCGGCCCAGGCACCCGACGAUCCACAAAACCCUCUUAAUCGAUACAUUCGCCUCGCGGCAGCAACAAAGCGCCGAUUCCGCCAAGAGGCAAAGAUCGAGUGGGAGAGAGCAUGGGCAUCAGAGAAAACCGGACGACCAACCAGAAGGUUGAUCGAGACACCGAACAAGAAAACACUGGAAUACUGGUCGGGCUUACGCAAAACAACUGCAUCCGUCUUGAUGCAAUUGCGGACCGGGCGCAUCGGACUGAAUGCGUAUCUAGCUCGCAUCAAUCGGCGCGAGACCGCACGAUGCGAUUGCGACUUGGGCAACCAGACAGUGACACACGUCCUACUUGAGUGCCCGUUGCAUCAAGAGGAGCGCGCCAAGAUGCGCAAUGCCCUGUCUGAGCAGGGCAUCACGCUCCGCCAUGAGGAAUUGUUGACGCGCCUGAAGGCGCGCACAAUUGUAGCGGAGUUCAUGAUCAGAACCAAUCUCCUGGGUCAGUUCCAGGGGCUGGAUCCAAUAGCUAUCGGAGCGGAAGAAGUAGAGAAAGAAUGA